CUCCUUUCUCCCUCCUACUCUUCCCUUUCCUUCCCGCCGCGCCGUCCCCUCUCCACUCUCUCCGGCGGUCUGGUUCGUUCCGAACACCAAAAUUAGCUUUCACAAGCUUCAUCUCACCUCUCUAGCCAAUAUUCUGCACCAGAUAGCCCCAUCGGUACCUAUCCGCUUCCAAGCUAGACCUCUUAAGAUGGUGCAGCUGGAUUAGCAAUGCUUUUAAUUAUCUCAAGAGAUUCGCAUCUUCUACAAGGCAGAGAGAACCGGAGAAUUUUGCUCUAAAAUGGUUGGGAUUUUCAAAUCGCUAGGGGGAUUCGCGGUCACGCCGCACAAAGUUUCUGUCUGCAUACUGCUACAAAUAUUUGCUCCACCAGCUAAAACCUCAGUACCUUUUUCUUUUUCAACAGUAGCUCAGCAUAAUCGUCUUGGUCUGUUCUUGUUGGCUCUCACUAAGUCUUGCGAUGAUAUUUUGGAACCAAAACUUGAAGAGCUCAUAAAUCAAUUAAGGGAAGUUGGUGGCUUGCUGGAUCAUUGGUUGAUUGAUCAUUUAACAAGUAGGCUGUCAUCUCUAGCCUCCCCUGAUGAUUUGUUUAACUUCUUUAAUGAGAUGCGAGGAAUCCUUGGAGGUUCUGAUUCAGGUGUCAUGGAAGAUGACCAGAUCGUUUUGGACCCCAACAGCAAUUUAGGAAUGUUCCUUCGUCGCUGUGUUCUUGCCUUCAAUGUAUUAUCAUUUGAGGGUGUUUGCCAUCUUCUGACAAAUAUAGGAAUGUAUUGCAAAGAAACUCUUUCAAGUUGUUCCUAUGGAGCAUCUGAAGUAGAGGAUACUAGGAAUGAUUUGGAGACAUUGCCGGAAUAUGAAAAUAUGGACCUGGAGAAUCUUGUUUUUGAAAAGGUUAAUGAAGAAAUUGAAGCAAAAAAAAGGAGCACUCAGGGCAUUUCUUUUCAUUUUCAUAUGUCCGAAGCACUUUCUGGAUUGGCUGAAGAUGUUGAUGUUCCUUCUUUCUCGACGUGCAAAACUAGCAGUAAAGCUAAAGAAGCUUUUUCCUACUCUCACACUCUUUGCAAUACCUCGAGAGAUAUGGAUCCCAGUGGUGGUGCAUUCCUGAGGACAAAUUGGCAGAUGCAAGGCUACUUAGAUGCACAAGCUGAAACAAUUGAAAAGCUUGGAAGCUUAUUUUCUCUGAAUGCUUUUGAAAUGGUUCUUAAACAGCUCCAAAAAAUGGCACCUGAACUCCAUCGAGUUCACUUUCUGCGUUAUUUGAACACCCUUUCUCAUGAUGAUUAUUUUUCUGCUUUGGAAAAUGUCCACCGCUAUUUCGACUACAGUGCAGGGACUGAAGGAUUUGAUUUUGUCCCUCCUGGAUCUGGCUGCAACAGCUUUGGAAGAUAUGAAAUUGCUUUAUUAUGUUUAGGGAUGAUGCAUGUUCACUUCGGGCAUCCAAAGCAAGCUUUAGAGGUUUUGACUGAAGCAGUCCAUGUAUCGCAACAGCAAAGCAACGAUACAUGCCUCACAUAUACCUUAGCAGCUAUAGGAAAUUUGUUAUCUGAAAGUGGUUUCUCACGCACUAGUGGAAUACUCGGGUCAUCCUAUUCACCUUUAAUGAGCAUGGGAAUUUCACUAUCUGUCCAACAACAAUUGUUUGUGCUUUUGACGGAGUCCCUAAGACGAGCUGAAAGUUUGAAGUUGAAACGAUUAGUAGCCUCCAACCAUCUUGCUAUGGCUAAAUUUCAUUUGAUGCAUGUGCAAAGACCUCUUCUGUCAUUUGGUCCAAGAGCUUCUUCAAAGCUUAGAACUUCUCCAAUAAGUGUCUGUAAGGAGCUAAGGUUGAGUAAUCAUUUAAUUUGUCAAUAUGGCACUGAAAGUUCUACAAAGACAACAGAUGGAUCCUUUAGCACUACAUGGCUUAAGAAUUUACAAAAGCCUGCGGGUUCACAUGUAUUGUCUAGAGACCCUGAAUCGGGGAAUAACUCGAGUGAAUUACCAUUUUUUGCACAACCCACCUCUAUUCCUGGAUCUGUCUUACAGUUAUUAGGCUCUUCAUACUUGUUACGAGCAAGUGCCGCUGAGCUAUAUGGCAGUGCUCCUCUUGCACGAAUAAACGCCCUUCUUUAUGCAAUUUGUUUUGCAGACGCAUCAAGUUCAUCUGAUGCAUCAUUGGCGUAUGUGAAACUCAUACAACAUUUGGCAAUUUUUAAAGGAUACAAAGAGGCCUUUAGUGCACUUAAAGUAGCAGAAGAGAAGUUUUUAUCGCUCUCAAAGUCACGGAUUUUACUAUUAAAGUUACAGCUCGUUCAUGAGCAUGCUCUACACAGAGGUUGUUUGAAGCUUGCCCAGCAGGCUUGUAAUGAAAUUGGGGUUCUAGCCUCAUCCGUUACUGGUGUGGACUUGGAUCUGAAGACAGAGGCGAGUUUUCGUCAUGCUCGAACAUUGCUUGCAGCAAACCAGUUCAGUGAGGCAGCUCGUGUAGCACACUCCCUUUUCUGUUUGUGUUAUAAAUAUAAUCUACAGGUCCAGAAUGCUUCUGUUCUUCUUUUGCUGGCUGAAAUACACAAGAAAUCAGGCAAUGCUGUUGUAGGUCUUCCUUAUGCUUUGGCAAGCCUUUCCUUUUGCCAGUCAUUUAACCUUGAUCUUCUAAAAGCAUCAGCCACUCUGACAAUUGCUGAGUUAUGGCUCUCACUUGGGCCUAGCCAUUCAAAAAGGGCUUUGAAUCUUUUACAUGGAGCUUUCCCGAUGAUUCUUGGUCAUGGAGGUUUGGAGCUCCGAGCUCGUGCUUUUAUAGUCGAAGCGAAAUGCUACCUCUGUAGUCCAAGCUUUUCAGUUUCUAAAGACCCGGAGGUUGUGUUGGAUCCUUUGAAGCAAGCGUCCGAAGAGCUUCAGUUGUUGGAGUAUCAUGAACUGGCAGCCGAAGCUUUCUAUUUAAUGGCAAUGGUAUUUGACAAAUUGGGGCGGCUCGAUGAAAGGGAAGAAGCGGCAGAUUCUUUCAAGAAACAUAUUAUGGCUCUCGAGAAUCCUGAGGAAACAGACAGUUCUCUGCUCAAUGUAUCAUGACAACAAGUACCAUGCUUGAUGCUGUAAUGUAUUCAUUUAUGUUUUUUUUCUUACAGAAAUUCCACAACCUCUUGUUGAAGCUUGACAAUUACUCGAGUUAUCGACAAAAUGUGAUUCCCAAAAUGCCAAAAAAGAAGUAAUCUUAUCUA